GUUGACUAUUUAAAGUAUCUCUAGGCCCGCCGGCCUGGAAGCAGGUGUGGAGAUCAGAGAGAGGCUUGGAAACUGGUUCCGGAGUCGAAAGCUCAGGGAUCCGGCAUCUGCUUCACUGCACUUCUAUUCUUCUUCUUCGAAAUGGUGGGAGUGGAUACUGGUUGCUGAUCUUCUACUUCUAGGGUUUGAAGACGGUAGUACGAGGGCGGAGGGCCACUGCUCUAGGACUUUGGAGUGUGGAUUCUUUAGUUUUGAGCGAUGGGAACUAGAGUUCCUGUUCAGCAUUACAAUCUGAGGUCGGCCAAUUCAUAUAUUGGAAGCUCCAUGCAUGAUCUCAACACUGUGGAUGCAAGGACUGGGGAGAUUGAAGGCAUCAGUGAUGUGGAGCGUGAUGCUGUGACUGAAGAUAGCUUGGGGAACGAUGAUGAAUCCAGUUCUGUUGACUGCAUACACGAAUCCUAUAGUAAUUCAUUACCGCUUCAUGGUGUUGGAGUAGAAGAAGAUCGCUCUGGUCUUGAAAAUAGUGGGUCUUCAAGGUCCACAUAUGAUAUUCUGACUAUUGAUGAUAUUUCCCCAAUUGAAACUGCAAGAGCGAGAUUUUUACAAAUACUUGUGGAUCAUUUUAUUAGUGAGCAUGUAAUUGAAGUACAGGAUACUGAGGCAGAAUAUGCUUCCCAAUCGGGCCAAGAUAAACUAAACAAGAGGAAGCCAAGAGAAGUUCAAUAUGAAGGUGAUCCAAGGUUUGUUUUGCCCUUAAUGUAUGUCGCAAAUUUAUAUGAGACCUUAGUUAAUGAAGUGAAUAUGAGACUUGCUUCCUUAAAUGGUAUUCGCGAAAAGACAAUUGGGGUAGCCCUUGAAGCAGCUGGUGGGUUGUAUAGAAGGCUAGCCAAAAAGUUUCCAAGGAAAGGACCCUGUACCUUUAAAAGAAGGGAAUUGGCAACAUCUGUCGAAACAAGGACAAGAUUUCCUGAGCUAGUGAUACAAGAAGAGAAGCGUGUUCGUUUUGUAGUGGUCAAUGGUCUGGUGAUUGUUGAAAAACCAAAUAGUUUGUCUAUUGAUGAUGCAGAAUGGUUCAAAAGGUUGACUGGUCGGCAUGAAGUAGCUGUCUCAGCUCGAGACUAUAAGUUCUAUUCACCUAGGCAUAAGUAUAGGCGUGUUGCAUCACAUUCUGUGUCUAAUAUUCCUGGAUUGCCAGCAUUUUCUGGAGCAGAAAACUCUUCUGCAAUGGCUACUGCCCCGGGAUUUCGUCCUGUUAGUGAACCUCCUUCCAAACAUCAUAUGCAACCACUCUCCCAUCAGCCUCAGUUUCAUGCUCUCCACCAAACUCAUCAUCAACCCAUCCAUCAGAAUCAACAUGCACCGCAUUUUUCUCACACACAUCAAUGUGGACCUUCACAUUUGCCUGAGAUGACUCAUGCCCAUCAAUCACCAACUAUGCCCCAACACAUGUCUUGCUUGCAACCCCUCACUGGAGGUCAUGUUGGAGGGCGCUUGCAUGUACUGAUUUGUAAGGUGGGGCAGUAAAGAUUAUUCCAUCCCUCAACGCAAGGAGCCUGCAGAUGAGUUACUUACGGGAGUGGAAGUGAUGUUACAGGAUGAUGCCAUGUUACUUGUGCAGAUUAUGCAUUAUCUCAAGGUUGGAGAUCAGUCUAGCUCGGUAACUCCGGAGCAAUCCAUUCACUUGGCUUUUUAGCCAUUCUUGGGGAGAGAUCAGAAAUUAAAACAUGGCAAGUGACGUAGUAUUGGCCCCAAUUCAUGUUGAUGUGAGACCAUUCUACAAGUACUGUCAUUUUUUUUAUCCAUAAACUCCUACUACUCCAAUAACUUGAUAACUCCUAGGUAUUGAUAAAAUUUAUAUUUUCAAGUUUCAAUAUAAAUUGUGUUGUUGGUUUCCUGGAGUAUA